CGCCUGGUCGCUGACAGGACAGUGAGGCGAUCGGCAGUCGGGACUGUUCAUUUGUAAUUUCUCCCAGUCUAAGCAGUAAUUGUCAUCUGUAGACUAUUUUUUUUGGAAACAAAAUUGUGGGGUGGGGUGGGGUCUUCCAAGGCAGCGAUCUCCCCAGUGUUUUGUUUGACGUGUAUUCGGCUCAGUGAUUGACUUUACGGCGUGGAUUGGGAUUAAGAUGCACAGGGUGGUCAGUAUAUUGCUGAAGGUUAAGUUGGCCAUUCAUCAGUCCAGGGGCUUUGCAGCAGCACCGUGUGCGCUGUUAAGGAACCCCUAUGAGACUGAGUCUAGCAGCCAGAGCUUCACCAGCCUUGCGAGAAACUAUAAAAAUUUAGGAAUGGAACAAAAUAAGCAAUCUCGAGGUUUUAAUGAUCAGGAACUUUUGGAAGCAGAACUAAAAUAUUACAAAUCUAACUCACACAAGUACAGUAAACUCGAAGACUGGUUUAAAAAGAGGUUGGAAGCCAUGUGCAACAAAUAUGUUUCUAACAGUUACAGUCCUGUGAUACAAAUAAAUGACCUUGAGUACUUCGAAGAAGAUGGCUGCAUUUAUAGAAGACUUCAGAAUGGUGAUCAAGUUCCUGAAGUUGUGUUAUGCUUGGAUCGACUGCAUUUUCUUCAAACAAAGGAUACUCAAUUUCAACGUAUCAGAGUCUCACCAAACCAGAAGUAUUUGGCUUCAAGCAUACCUACUUUAUCGGAUGAGUCCACUUGUGUUGUGGUCAAGCUUGAUCCUAAACCAGAGGUGGUGCAUGUUUUGCCAAGAGCAUUUAGUUUUGAAUGGGGCACAGACAAUAGUCUGUUUUACACCAAUUUAGAGGAACUUCAAUCCCAUCAUGUUUUCAGGCUUCUACUGGAAGACACAAGAGCAAUAUCUGAGAUGGUUUACAAAGAAAAUGACCCAAGAUUUUUUGUGGAACUGACCUGCACCAAGGAUGGGAGAUUCAUCACUAUCAACAGUAACAGUAAGAAUAGCUCAGAGGUCUGGUUACUUGAUCGUUUGUAUGCGCUAGGUAGCCCUAAGAUUGUGCAAGAACGAGUCCCUGGAAUAAUUUACCAUGUGGAACAUUGGAGAAAUCAGCUGUACAUUCUGACCAAUUUUGGUGCAACAAAAGAAUACAGACUGAUGAAGGCACCAGUUUCUUCCCUUGAAAUGAAGAGCUGGCCGACUGUUUAUGCAGUAAAAGAAAGAACCAAGUUAAUCGAUAUGGAGCUGUUCAAGGAUCACUGCAUAAUGAUACUGAAGUGUUAUGGUCACUUAUAUCUACAUGUGUUUUCUCUCAAUGAACCAAAAACUGUUAAGUGCAUCCAGCUCCCAUCUUGGGCCUGUGCUGUCGAAUCUGAGGAUAACCUAAAGUGCAAGGCAAACAAAUUUUCCUUUCGGCUUUCCUCUCCAGUUCAGCCACCAGUGAGCCUUCUGUAUUCAAUAGAAGAUAAUGAGCUCUAUAUUCAAGAAGAUGAAUCUAAGUCGAUGAUUACAAGGGACUAUAAAGUGACUCGUUUAAAAGCACCAAGCAUGGAUGGUACUUUGAUACCCAUCACGGUUUUUCACAAAGAGAUAUUGAAUCAAAUGAACAAAAAACCUUUGUUGGUCCAUGUCUAUGGAGCUUAUGGCAUUGAUUUGAAUGUUGACUUUAAACCAGAGCAAAUGGUUCUAUUGGAAGAUGGCUGGAUUUUAGCAUAUUGCCAUGUUAGAGGAGGCGGAGAGUUAGGUUUAAGCUGGCACAAAGCAAGUCGAUUGGACAAAAAGUGCGUAGGCAUAGAUGACUUAGAGGCUUGUCUGCUUCACUUGCACACAAUGGGAUAUUCAACCCCAAGGCGAACUGCUCUCUCAGCAAACAGUGCAGGUGGAGUCCUAGCAGGAGGCUUGUGCAAUGUAUCACCUGAUUCCAUCAGAGCUGUUGUUCUACGAGCUCCUUUCCUUGAUGUUCUCAACACCAUGCUGAAUCCUUCAUUACCACUCACAAUUGAAGAGCAGGAAGAGUGGGGAGAUCCUUUAUCUGACCAAAAUCUUUUUAAAUGCAUUCAAGCCUAUUGUCCUUAUCAGAAUAUCAAGCCACAGAAAUACCCUUCUGUAUUCAUCACGGCCUAUCAGGAUGACAAGCGUGUGCCAUUGUCAGGGUUGCUAAGAUAUACAAGAAAACUGAGAAAUGCUGUGGCUGUUAAUGCAACAGAUGAAUUAUCAGCCGUCAUUUUGGAUAUUCAACCUGGGGGCGAUCACUUUGGUCCAUCUACUUGGGAAGAAUCAAUAGACGAAGUUGCCAGGCAUUACGCAUUUUUAUACAAGGAGCUAGAACUUGUGUAGAAACAUCCAUGAAUAACUGUUAUAGGUUUUCUAUACAGCUCACCAACAUGGUUGACAUGGUUUCAAUGAAAAAUUAUUCUUCAAAAUCACUGCAAUUGAAUUCUGUAUUUGUAGGAUUCAUUCUUUUGUACUGAUGAACUUUGAAUUUAAUAUUUAUUUCUGGUAGCCAACCCUGGAUGUUCAAUGAUCAAUUUAAAGUAUUUCAAACCAGCAGCAUUAUUUGUGUAUUGAGCAACAAUUAAGAUAUAACAUCAUUGCAAUGUUUUAAAUGCCAAUAAACCAUUUUUAUAA